UUCACAAACCCCCCAAUCUCCAGCAAGAAGACUCUCUCUCUCUCUCAUCGAACCCUAAUUCUCUCCCGCUACACACGUCAGACGUGUGAUCUAUUCAUCAUCAUGAGCUCGUCCCCGGUCGUGAUAGGCCUAACCGACAAGGAGCACAGAACCCUCGAACCGGUUAUCAAUACUUACCACCAGUUCGAACCGGACCCAACCACUUGCACCUCUCUCGUAGCGCAAAGAAUCGACGCUCCCGCAUCCGUUGUUUGGCCUCUCCUCCGCAACUUCGACAACCCACAACGCUACAAACACUUCGUCAAAAGCUGCCGCCGCGUCUCGGGCGAUGGCGGAGUCGGAAGCGUCCGGGAAGUUACAGUAAUCUCCGGCCUCCCUGCUUCCACUAGCACCGAGCGGCUCGAGUUUCUCGACGAUGACCACCGUGUCCUGAGCUUUAGGGUUCUUGGCGGAGAGCACCGGCUUAACAACUACAAAUCGGUAACGUCGGUCAACGAGUUCUUGAAUGAAGAUUCCGGCAAGGUCUACACGGUGGUUCUUGAAUCCUACACCGUUGAUAUUCCCGAGGGGAACACGGUAGAGGACACCAAAAUGUUUGUGGACACUGUCGUCAAACUCAAUCUUCAGAAACUUGGAGUUAUCGCCACAGCUGCACCUACGCAUGAUUAAUUUUUGAAUUUCGUUUCUCCUAGUAAUUGUUAUAUCUUCUUUCUGAUGAUUAUUUACUUAAUUUGCGAUAUUUUUUUUCUUUCUAUUUUAAACUGUUGGAAACAAAUAUUUUCCUGGAUUCCACGAAGGAAAACAAUGUUGCGUAAGGUAUCAUUUCUCCUUUGAUUCCAAUAAAUGGCCAAUGUCUAUAAUUAUAAUUAUGUUUG